AUGUCCCCAUCCUUCCAGUUGGCGAGCUCAGAUCGCUUACCCGCGCCCAGGGCCCAUCAAGUCAGUGUGCGACCAACCUUACACCCUAGCCCCGCAGCACCCUGCUCAGCUGCAGCGAAGGGCCCGGGCACUAUCACAGCUCCAGACCUGCAGACUGGGGGAACCCUUCCUGCCCGCGCACGCUCGCCCCUACUCCGGGACCCGGCGCCCCGCGAGAAGCCUAGGAACCGCCAGAGGACGGCGACCCCAGUGCGCGGCAACAACCCCUCCUCACCCUUCCGCUUGCUCCAGCCUGCGCGCCCCUAUCUCCGGUGCCCGCCAGCGAGCGAGGCGGCCAAUCGGAGCAGCGCUCUCGUCCCCGCCCUCAUACCCGGCCGCGGCUGCCCCACCCGAAGCUUUCUCAGUGAACUCGAGAUUCGUCCCUGGCGUCAGGUACUGAAGGAAGAGGCUGAGAUGAUGAACUUGGAGAAUUUCAACCUCUCCACUGUUGACUUUUUCCUCUCAACCUAUAAACCUUUAGAAACCACUUCUAGAGGAGUUCCGCCCGAGAGGAAGUUUGGUGUGGUGGUCGUUGGCGUUGGCAGAGCCGGCUCCGUGCGAAUAAGGGAUUUGCAGGACCCACAUGAUUCCUCAACGUUUCUGAACCUGAUUGGCUUCGUGUCCAGACGAGAGCUUGGGACCAUUGAUGAAGUCCAGCAGAUCUCUCUGGAAGAUGCUCUUUCCAGCCAAGAGGUUGACGUGGCCUAUAUCUGCAGCGAAAGUUCCAGCCAUGAGGGCUACAUCAGGCAGUUCCUAAAUGCAGGUAAACAUGUCCUUGUGGAGUACCCCAUGGCACUGUCUCAAGCAGCAGCUCGAGAACUCUGGGAGCUGGCUGAGCAGAAAGGAAAAAUCCUACAUGAGGAGCAUGUUGAACUCUUGAUGGAGGAGUUUGCAUUCUUGAAAAAAGAAGUGGUGGGGAAAGACUUGUUGAAAGGAUCUCUCCUCUUCACAGCUGGUCCUUUGGAAGAGGAGCGGUUUGGCUUCCCAGCGUUCAGUGGCAUCUCUCGCCUGACCUGGCUGGUCUCCCUCUUCGGGGAACUUUCUCUUGUGUCUGCCACUUUGGAGGAACAAAAGGAAGACCAGUUUAUGAAGAUGACUGUGUGCUUGGAGACUGAGAACAAACGCCCACUGACAUGGACUGAAGAGAAAGGGCCUGGCCUAAAACGGAACAGAUAUUUAAGCUUCCAUUUCAAAUCUGGGUCCCUGGAGAAUGUGCCCAAUGUUGGCAUCAAUAAGAACAUUUUCCUGAAAGAUCAAAAUAUAUUUGUCCAAAAACUCUUGGGCCAGUUCUCUGAGAAACAGCUGGCUGCAGAGAAGAAGCGCAUCCUGCACUGCCUGGGGCUUGCUGAAGAAAUCCAGAAGCACUGCCGCCCAAAGAAAUAAGAUUGGGGGGGCGUGGCACUUCAACUAUGGCACCAGAGUUUUCUUAUACCAAGACCUGAUCUUUAUUCUGAUAAUUAAACAAGUU